AAUGCAUUCUGUCUGAAGUUUAUUUGCUCUUAUAUUAUAUUCUAUGGUCUCUCUAUCCAGAUUGCUAUACUGCUGAGCUUCUGUACCUGUGGUUUGUGCGACUUUGAUUGCUAUUCCUGAGCGAUUUUUUGGCUUCCCCUUUAGUUCGAUCAAUUCUAUUCUGGUCUGAGCUUGGGAAAAGCCACUUUCGACUGAGGGUCUCCCUUGGGUGCCCCGGCCUUGUGCCGGUCCUCAAGUGUGAGGAACCCCUCACUAUACGAACCAGAAGAGUUUAACAGCUGGCACUUCUGGUUCCAACGGCACCUUCUGGCACACCUUUUUUAAGAGGUAAUGUUACUGAUCUUUAACCAUUUGUUAUGUAGCAAGUGUGUCCAGAAUACUAUUUAAUACUGAUAUAAUGCCCCUUUGUAUCACUUGCCUUUAGGUGGCUGUACUUUGAGGCAGCAGAAUGCCAGAGGUAAAGGUGCUUUUCGCAGUCCUGGAGGACUAUAUUCACCAGCAGACGAUCGAUGAGGCCCUUUAUGGCUAUUAUGAACAUCAAUACAUUCGAAGAUUUCCGGACAUCGACGACUGGGAUCAUUUCAUCAACCAGUAUUAUAUUGAUUAUGAUGUUGGACAUCUGAGGGACAUGGCCCACUUCAUCGUAAUGGAUGCCUAUAGGAAACAACUUGAGGAGCUGGAGAUCACGCUUUAUGGCAUCCAUAAAGUCCUGGCUUUGUCGGAAGAGCAGGAGCACGACGUGGAGCAUAUUUUGGACCAAUAUGAAGAGACGCAGCAAGCCCGGCGAGUUGUGGGAUCUAGACUCGAAGGCUUGCAUAAUAAAAUCGUGGCAAGGCAGAAGGAGCUGGAGGAAUCUGCUAAGAUCAAAUCAGAAGAACAACGAGAGGAGGAGCCCCCUGUGGUGGUGGUGGAGCCCAGGCUGAGCACCAGGAGGAGGCUUACAAAAGCCAUAAAGAGGAAAUUUCAGAGGAUUCGGGUAAGCUAUUUAAUGUCAUUUUCUUAUCGUUCCACCAGACGAGUCCUUCUGGAUUUUAUUUCCCUUUUCCGAGACCCUCCACCUCCCUGA